GUUUCGUGGUUGGUUUUGACACCCCUCCACCCCAACCCCUUCUCUAAUAUUUUUAGCAACUUUGCAACAUGUUUGAAAGUUCAGCUUUUGCAGUUGCCUGGAAUUAGGCAUAUUGUAAUUUAUUGUUUAUCUGUUCUCCAUGCAGAUUAAUUUAAGUCCUUUUUUUUAAAGAUUUUUUUUAAAAAAAUUUUGUUUUAUUUUUAUUAAUGCCUUUUUCUUAUGGUUGGUAAUUGUUACCGCUAUUGGCAAAUUCAGAGGAACUUUACUGUUUUUAUACGUCUGCUAGUACAUACAGCUUUAAAGUGUAGUGUAACCUUUCAUAAGUAAUUUUUCUAAAUUUGUUGGUGGCGUUUCUAAUCUUGCUAGAGUUGCAAGUCGAGAGCCUUUUAAAAGACAUUUAUGUAUUCAUCUACUGCAGAUAUAUGCUACCAACUGUGUAGAGAUCAUGAUUUUUUUCACUUACACGUUCACAUGCAAAUACGCCUUGAGUGAUUUUAAUUUACUUAGAGUAGUAUCAGCACACUGUAUUCUGCAAACUAGAAUUCUUUUUAUAGAGUUCUGAAUAAUUUGUAUUUUCUGAAAACAUUAAUUGAGACACUUCAGACACUUUCUUGCUCUUUAGAAGAUACAGAAUUUUGUUGCUUUUUUUCAUGGGCUGUUUGAUGUCUCUUUGUUAGUAAUUUUCAGUUACAAAAUUGUGUCUUGCUAACACUUUCCCUAGACAAUCAUGCAGAUUUGGUUUAGAAGUCUGAGAAACUUUAUUGCAUAAAUUUUAUUUUGCAAAAAGUUGAAGUAAUUUAAAUUUUUAUCUCAUUACAUACCUGUAAUAGUAACUUCUGAUCAACAUCGUAUAAUGUAACGGUAAUACAAAAAUGAAAAGCACAAAAACUUCAAAAUGCUUGCUUUUAUUUGAAAACAACUUUUGAACUUUAAAAAACAGUUCCAUUUUGUUGCCUUGAGCAUUUUGAGACAUUAAUAAAUGCAGUUGCACCCACUCAACAGUUUAAAGAAUGGAGUGGAGGGCCUGGUUUCUUUCCUACCUCCAGCAGCCAUUCAUUAGAUAUACAGUGUAUAGUUUGUGUUACAACUCUACAGUGCUAUCUUUUUUCCUCCUUUGUUGUGUCAUCCACCAUCAGUGCAGCUCAGAAGCUGAUUUCAGUGCCCACUAAGUCAAAGGAGAUCUCUUCAUUGGCUCUGGGUGUUUAGAAUCAGCUUCUGCUAUUUUUACUUUGUCAUUUUUGUCUCAGCUUAUAUAUUGAAACAUUGUAAUUAAUGUGAGAUGUUAUGAGUAUUCAGCAAAGAAAGUAAAGUAGUAUGGAGAAAUACACAGAAUGGAGGCCCAAGAUAAUUUAAGUGAUUGGUCCUUGCUGUUCCCUUCCACUGUUCUUGCUGCUUCAUUUUUCCACUUCGAUUAGCUUUCUUUGGCUUAUCUUGGUUUUUCCCUUGUUCUGUUUCUGUUCCUGCUCCAGGAGGUCUUAAAUGGAGAUCAAAUCUGUAGUGUCUCUUUACUUCCCUUUACCAAGUUAAUUUAACCCCUGAAUUCAUUUUGAUGUAUUUAACUAGUUCACCAAAUCUUUUAAUAUCUAAGGAAGUCUUUGACUGUGAGACUGCUUUUUUUCUUCAUUAAAAUUAUUUAUUGAUACAUGUAGCAUUGCAUUUAGAGAAACUUGCUGCUUUUUUUGGAUGAAGUAAACCUCCUGUUGAGGAGGAGCUGUUGGUUUUUAGGGAGAGGAAGAAGUUUUUGAGGGGAUCUUUCCUGCUAGAAGGAGUACUUGCAUGGAAACUAGCAUAAUAUGAAUAUCAAGCCAAACUUUUUAAUUCACUGUCAGGGAAAAAAAUCAUAAUUCUGCUGUUGAUUAGAAUUACCUGAGGGAUAUGGUUCAUGCUGAGAUACGCAGGAGGGUGAAACUGGUUGCGGAGGUUUGUUUUUCCAUGAGACAUCCUGUUGUUUGUUUCCUCUUGAUGAUUAUUCACCAUUGAUUAGUGAUCUUGGUUUUGUCAGGCUUCAGUGAUUACUCAACUCUCCAGCUCAGUUCAAAAGUUUAUUCCCUCCAGGUUUUGCAUCAGUCUGACAGCCCUGUGUUUCAUUCUUUUGUAGACACAGCUCCUACUGUCACUGCAUUGCCUCUGCCACUAGACAGUUGGCUCAUAAUAUGCAACGGACAGUAAAGUAAAACACCCACAAAACCAGCUUUUAGAGAAAGAAAGAAUGGCAUUUAACAUUAGAAGUGCAGGUGGGGUUUAUUUUAUUGUUUUCUAGAACUGAAAACAGUUUUGGGACAUACAGGCUGGAGUUACCAUACCUAUUGCUUCUGAAAAAGCUCUAAUCCUCUGAUAAUCAUGGAGCCGUAUUUUUCUGGUUUUAAGCACAUGCAGCAGGACUAUGAAGUCACUCUUGAACUCACGAGUGAGGAGACUCAUAAAUCUAGAAAUGCACAAAACUCUAGGACAGGGUCUUAUGGUGUCAGUAUUAGAGUCCAAGGAAUUGAUGGACAUCCUUACAUCGUACUAAACAAUACAGAAGGAUGUUUGUCAGAAAAUCCUCCUCCUUCUGGAAAAGAACAGCAAGUAAUUUCUCAAACUGUAAGCAAGCCAGCCGCAGACUCCAAUACUGCUUUUAAGUUGGAGGACAAAAGCAGUGAACACACAAAAUUUCCUGGAACGCAGCACAUGCAGCCCUGUGUGCUUAAAAGCCUAAAGAUAACCAAUAUGGAUGAAAAGGAAAAUGGAAUAUCAGAUUUUAAAGAUGGAACAAUGAAAUCCUCCAAUUUGUUGAACUUUCAAAGACAUCCUGAACUUUUACAGCCUUAUGAUCCUGAAAAAAAUAACUUGAAUUUGGAUAAUUACCAGUCUUCUGUGUGCAGUGAGUCUAAAUCUUUUGCGGAUGAAAAAACGGAAGCAAAACCUUGGAUUUCCUCAUCUAAAGUAGUGUCCCUGCAGAAAACAAAUACGUAUCUUGCAGAGCCAACCAAAGUGAAUUCAAAAAAGAUACAGUUAAACAGGUUAGUGGAAGCAGAAGAUCAAAAUAAGCAGCUGUUGGAUUGUCCCAGUAGCACAAUCGGCCCCAAUGAAGUGUGUGUUUCAGAAUCAUUUUCAUCUGCAGGAGGAUCCCCUUGUGUUAGUCCCACUGUAUAUCCGGAGACAAGAAAAUCUAGACCAGAUGUUCUUCCCUUCCGCAGACAAGAUUCAGCUGGGCCAGUAUUGGAUUACUCAAGAAGAUCAUCGUCCUCAUCAGCUACUCCCACUUCCGCAAAUUCCUUAUACAAAUUUUUACUUGAUGACCAAGAGUAUGCCAUCUAUGCAGACAAUGUUAAUCGGCAUGAAAACAGGAGAUAUAUCCCAUUUUUGCCUGGAACUGGUCGUGAUAUUGACACUGGUUCACUUCCAGGAGUAGAUCAGCUAAUUGAAAAGUUUGACAAGAAAGUUGAUCCUCACAGAAGAGGUAGGUCAGGAAAAAGGAAUAGAAUUAAUCCAGAUGAUCGUAAAAGAUCAAGAAGCGUUGAUAGUGCCUUAUCAUUAGGGCUUGAUGUAGAUUCAGAUUAUUUAGGUGAAUGCAGUAAAAGCUUGGGUAAGUCAGCCGAGCACUUGCUGAGACCAUCUAAAGUUUGCCUUCACAAGCAGUUAUCCAGAGAUCAAAAACCACCUUCCAGAGAGAUGAAGAUUUCUGCUCGUAGUAUUGGAAAACUGCAAAUGCCUGAUAAAGACACUCAGAACAGCAAUUUCAAUUCUUUGCAAUACCAUAAACAAAAUGGAGCUGAUACAGACAGCUUGAUGUUUAGGUCGUCUACACUCCCAGGAGAGAAUAAGAGAGAGGAAAUUAGAACAGUAACUUCUACUUUGUUGUUGCCAAACCGAAUCACAGUUCCAUCUGAUUCAGGAACGAAAAAGAUUUCUGUAAAAACAUUUUCAUCUGUCCCUAAUAUACAGGCAACUCCUGAUCUCUUAAAAGGCCAACAAGAUCUUGCACAGCAAACUAACGAAGAGACUGCUAAACAGAUACUUUACAAUUACCUUAAGGAAGGAAGUGCUGAUAAUGACGAUGCAACAAAGAGGAAGGUCAACUUGGUUUUUGAGAAAAUUCAGACCUUAAAGUCGAGAGCUGCUGGGAAGACUCAGGUUUCAGAUUCUUCGGCUGAAGUAAAAGCAUUGGUAGAACAAAAAGCAGAACUUGAAAGGAAGGUGGAAGAAUUACAGAAAAAACUGGAUCUAGAAAUUAGGAAUCAGCAAAAUUCCAAAGAAGAGAGAGAUGCUACACGAGCAAGCCUGAAAGAUCUUCAGUUGCAACUUGAUGAAAGUAUAUGUGAAAAAGAAGCCUUAAAAAAGCAGCUGGAAGAAAGUGAGAAGGAACUCAGGCAAAACCUAGAGGAGCUUUUUCAAGUGAAGAUGGAGCAGGAACAACACCAGACUGAGAUCAGAGAUCUUCAGGACCAGCUCUCUGAGAUGCAUGAUGAACUGGAUAAUGCAAAACAUACCGAUGAAGGGGAGAAAGAGGUUCUGAUUGAGGAGCUCAUGCAAAUGAAGCAGGAUCUGCAAGAAGUAUUAAUAGCAAAAGAUCAACAAGAAGAGAUUUUGAGAAAGAGAGAGAGGGAGCUUACAGCUUUAAAAGGAGCACUAAAAGAAGAAGUAUCUAGCCAUGACAUGGAGAUGGAUAAACUUAAAGAGAAACACGAUAAAGAAGUGCUUGAUCUGCAACAGAGCCUGGAGGAAGCAACAGAGAGCGCUGCUGUCCUUGCCAGAGAAAGAAAUGCUGCGCAAGAGUUGCAAAAUAGUUUAGAAGAUAAAGUCAAAGAGCUGACUGAGGAAAACGAACAGUUGAAGAGAACAGUCGAUGAGCUAGAGAAGAAAAUUGAAGAGUUGCACAAACAAAUUUGUAAUAUGAAAGGAGAAGAAAAUUCAGUGAACGAAAGAAUUAAGAGAUAUGAGGAAGAGAAACAACAAUUAGAAGAAGCUUUGAAACAUGCUGAAAAGGAGGCAAAAGAAUUGGUAGUGUUGAAAAGGUCUUUGGAAAGCCAACUAGAAGAUAUGCAGGAGAACAUCCGUUCUAUUUCGGAGGAACGGCAACAGUUAACUCAGCAGUUAAAAGAUGAAACUCACCAGAAAGAACAGUUAAAGCAGAUAAAGAAUGAAAUGGAGAAUGAACGAUUGCAACUGAACAAGACUGUUGAAAAGUUACAGGAAGAGAUGUCUGAAAUGGUAGAGGUCUCAAGAACAUCAGCUGUGGAGCUUCAGAACCAGCUUGUUGAAUACAAGGAGAAAAAUCGUAGGGAACUUGCAGAUAUGCAGAGACAAUUAAAAGAGAAAAACCUUGAGGUAGAAAAAUCACGCCUGACAACCAUGAGAAUGCAAGAUGAGAUGCGUCUUAUGGAAGAAAACUUGAGGGACCACCAGAGAGCUCAGGAUGAGGCAAUAACAAAGACUCAGUUGCUAGAACAGACUGUGAAAGGCUUGGAGUAUGAACUGGAAGCCAAAAGCCACUUAAAAGAUGAUCGGGCAAGACAAAUCAAACUAAUGGAGGACAAGUUAUCUCACCUGGAACUUGAGCUUGAUGAAGAAAAGACUAAUUCAGAUUUAUUGUCUGAGAGGAUCAGUAGAUGCAGAGAACAGAUUGAACAAAUGAGGACAGAGCUACUUCAGGAAAGAGCUAUAAAGCAAGACUUGGAAUGUGACAAAAUUUCAUUGGAAAGACAGAACAAGGACUUGAAGAGCCGAAUUCUUCACCUAGAGGGUUCUUACCGAUCCAGUAAAGAGGGACUUGUUGCUCAAAUGGAAGCAAGGAUCACAGAGCUAGAAGAACGACUUGAAAAUGAAGAGAGGGAUAGAGCUAAUUUUCAACUAAGUAACCGCAGACUUGAGAGAAAAGUGAAGGAGUUAAUGUUGCAAGUAGAUGAUGAACAUCUCUCAUUGACUGAUCAAAAGGACCAGUUGAGUUUGCGUUUGAAAGCAAUGAAACGUCAAGUUGAAGAAGCUGAAGAAGAAAUAGACAGACUGGAAGGUGCUAAAAAGAAACUUCAGAGAGAACUGGAAGAACAACUAGACGUGAAUGAACAAUUGCAAGGACAGCUUAAUGCUGCAAAGAAGGAAUUAAGUAGACUGAAGAAGUCACCAAGUAAAGUGUUGGCUGAUUCUGACGAUGAUGACGAUGAUGAUGAUUUCAGCACAGAUGGUGAUAGUCUUUGUGAAGUACCUUCAGGAAAUGAUGACACAAAAAUCUAAAUAAGUAUUGAAUCUGUGAUUCCUUGAAAGUACUGGAAGAAUAACAUAAAUUAUCAAGAAACUGGAUAUUCUAGAAGCCAAACGACAUCAAGGGAUUUAAGUGUUGGGAAUAUAAUGUUUCCAUCCAUACUGUGCCAUUUUCUUCUGUAGAUCUCCGCUGUUUAUUAUAGAAAACAGGAUUGCGUUAUAAAACAGCUAUAAACCACGGGGCAGGGGAGAGAGAGAGAGAGAACUGCUACUGAAAACCUAGGGCUAAUGUUUCACAUUGGAGAUGUCAUUUUGCUAAAAUUCUGUUCAAGUAAAAAGCCAUUUGAAAGUAAUUCAAAAUUAGAUUGUAGUUAUUAAAAGCUUUUCCCUAAAACUAGGAAAACCACAGAAGAUUAUUUAAUAAUUGUAAGUAGGGGGAAAUUAUGUAUAAAAUGUAAAUAUUCUAAACCUGAUCUUUUUAUUGACUACUUUAGUACUAUUUUGUAAAGUUUCAGAUACUAUAUAAAUCAGUUUCGUACGUUAAGUACUUAAAUUCAUACUGAAUGCUAUAUUUGGGUUUUAACGAAGAAGACAAAUGAAAUUUAAUACGUGUUGUGCAUUACAGAGCAUAUUCACAGUUUGUUAGCCAGGAAGUACAAUUCCCAUUCUAAGACGGGUGAAAGUUCCAUUGUAUGUAUUCUGUAUAUUAGGGAUCAAAGGUUAAUCCUGCCUGUUGACUUUAAAAGGACUAUCACAUCUGUGUGAUGAGUGAGACUUGCCUACAGCUUUCUUGUAAACUUCAUUUAGGAGGCUUUCUGUUCUUAGUAGGGAAGGCUAAGAAAGAGGUCAGUUAUUACUUGGCAUCUUUAAUUUCCUGAAAUGGACUCCAUACUGCCAGAGGCAGAACAUUAUAGGUCUACUGAUUUGAGGGCAUCAGGAUAGGCUUAUCUUAAAGCCGCUAAGGAGUCUCACGUGUUCCACUAAAAUUACUUGUGGUCUUUGAAUUAGUACUUGCUUAAAUCUGUUGAUUUAGUUAAUGUCAAAUUUUUAUGCACCUGUCAAGAAAUUGCACCAAGGAAACACAGAACACGUAAACUGUUUUUUCUUUCUAAGCUGUUCUUGAGCAUCUAUCUGUGAUAGACUGCAAUGUAUGGUCAUAUGUGCAGCUAUAUAUUAGUGUUUUAGUUUAUAGAAGUAUCUGCAUUUUGAAUGAUCCAUCUGUUCAACGAAUUUUGUCAGAGUUUUUUUUUUAAAAAAGCACCACAGAUUUUAUUUUAAAAGGGUUUUCCUCUUUAUUGAUAAAAAUAAGUUCUUGGCAUUUAUGUGGCACCAGACUGUUUUUGCUCCUUUGCAAAUCUAGAAAAGGGCACUACUACAUAAUUUUGUUAAUAAACCACAGCAAAGUCCUGUCUGAUUAUUAGUAUUUGUCUCCAGUUACAGGUUAGUGAGCACUUCUUUGUUGAAUGGACCAAAUAAUAGUGUUAUGUAAUUGUGAAAAAAUACUUUAAACUGAAGUUGCUGGGAGCUUCCAUUACUCCCACAAAGGCAUCUACUGAAGAGGACUAAUUUAACAGCUCUGAAAGUGAGGCAAUAGGCUUGAUUAAGGCAAAAGUCCUGACAAUGGCAGUGUCCAUUUUCAUAUGAAAUGGAACCUCCUGCCUGCCCACAGAAGUAUAUCAGAAGUAUAUUCAUGCACAGCAGAUUGCAGACUCUUGCCCUUUCCCUUCAACUUGAUUUUGAUGGUUUGAGAUAUAUGGGAAAUAAUAUGAACGGCAUAGUUGUAAUACUUUGUGUCUGAAUCCUGUAUAUUUUUUCAAGUAGCAUACAUAUAAAUUUUUUGCAGUACUAGUUUUAUUAUUUUGACAACACAUAAACAGCCUUUUCUCCAAGAAGAUCUGCACUAUGCUGUACUGACAAUCAAUCGUCAUAUAACCUGCUGUGAUGUUGUUGUUGUUGUUGUUUCAUUUGCAUGUUUAUGUAGGUUUAAGUUUAAACAACUGAUUCCAAUCUCCACUACUCUGUCCUAAUGUUCAUAGAUUACUAUUAUUUCAAACCACUGGAAGAAAAUAACUUAAUAUUGCAUCUACCUCCAGUUACACUGAACUGUAAAAGAAAAAUUCACUUAAAAUAAAGUCAGUCAGCUCCUUCA